AUGGCCAAGAAAAAAGAUUCCGAGAAGCACGAAGACGGCCAAAGAGGAGGAAAGUACAAUAAGGACGAUGCCGACGCCAAUGAAUUGGAAAAUUUCGUCGACGACAUUACCGACGAAGAGUUGCUUGGUGAUGUACUGCAGAAGAGACCCAAAGUGUCCGAUGGCGUAGACACCGUCAUUAUUGUUGACGGAGUUCCCCAAGUCAACCCCGAACGCUUCGACAAACUCAAGGUAGUUAUCACCAAGAUCUUCGCACAGUUCGGUAAAAUUCUCAACGAUUACUAUCCAAAGUCUGAGAAUGGUCACACUAAAGGUUAUAUAUUCAUUGAAUAUGAAAAACACGAAAGCGCAUUAGAAGCUGUUACACAAGCUAAUAAUUAUAAGCUAGACAAACAACAUACUUUUUUAAUCAACUUAUUUUCUGACUACAAAAAAUAUAACGACAUUCCUGAAAAAUGGGAAGCUCCUACUCUACAGCCAUUCCCAGAAAGGCCUAAUCUUCAAUAUUUCUUAAGUGAACCUGAUGCAUUUGAUCAAUAUUAUGUUUAUAAUGUAAACAGUCAUAUUGAAGUUUGGCUGAAUAGCAAUCCACAGCCAACAAAAUUAGUUGAACGCGAAAAAUGGACUGAAUCUCUAAUUAUGUGGUCGCCUCUUGGAACAUACUUAGCAACACUACACAAGCAAGGUGUUGUCCUUUGGGGAGGACCAAAUUUCACAAAUGUUUUAAAGCUCUCUCAUCGCAAUGUACAAUUUGUUGAUUUUUCUCCUUGUGAACAAUACCUGGUGGCUUAUGCUCCAUUAGAUAAUGGUGAACAAAAGUUGACCAUUUUUGAUAUUCGCACUGGGGCCGAAAAGCGAUCAUUUAUUUCAGAUGCUCCAAUGGCUGGUAAUGUAUUAAGGUGGUCGAAGGAUGACAAAUAUUUUGCCCGGAUCGGCCAUAAUACCCUUAGUGUUUAUGAAACUCCAUCUUUUGGUUUGUUGGAUAAGAAAAGUAUAACGGUCAACGGUAUUCGAGAUUUUAGUUGGUCUCCCAGGGACAAUGUACUUGCCUACUGGGUUGCUGAAGAUAAAGAUGUACCGGCUCGAGUAGUUUUAUUAGAGAUACCAAGCCGCAAAGAAAUCCGAGCUAACAAUUUGUUUAACGUAGCAGACUGUAAAAUUCAUUGGCAAAAAGCUGGUGACUAUUUAUGUGUUAAAGUCGACCGUUAUGCUAAAAUCAAACGUGAGAAGGGAGAUGUUAAAUACAGUGGUAUGUAUUUCAAUUUUGAAAUAUUCCAUAUGAGAGAGAAAAAUAUACCUGUAGACAGUGUUGAAAUUAAAGAACCGAUUCAUGCUUUUGCUUGGGAACCAAUUGGUUCAAAGUUUGCAAUUAUUCACGGUGAACCUAGCAAUAAUAGUGUAAGCUUCUAUAACGUCAAAUCUGGUCAAGCUCCAGUCUUAUUAAAAAAGUUAGACAAACAUUUCUGCAGUCAUUUGUUUUGGUCACCUGCCGGACAAUAUAUUGUUAUUGCUGAAAUCCGAGAUUCUGGUGCUUUGGAAUUUGUUGACACCGCAGACUUCACCACAAUGUGUUCUACAGAACAUUAUAAAGCAACUGAUAUUGAAUGGGAUCCAACCGGAAGAUUUGUUGCCACUGGCGUUAGUUCGUGGAAAACUAAGGGUGAUACGGGCUAUUGGAUAUGGUCAUUCCAAGGAAGAAUAUUGAAUAGAUUCAAUACAAAUACCUAUUGCCAUAUGCAAUGGAGACCUAGACCUCCUACUCUGUUGAGCGCUAAACAACAAAAGGAUACCAAGAAAAGUUUGAAAAAAUACACUUCUCAGUUUGAGACGAAAGAUAAAAUGCGAAUGACCAAAGCCUCUAAAGAAGUCAUCGAUAAACGUCGAAAAUUGAUUAAAGAAUUCGAAGAAUACCGCAGCAAACGUUUAGAAGAUUGGAAUAAACAAAAGGCUGAAAGAAUGGCUAUUAGAAGUCAUAUCGAUACCGAUGAACUAGAUUCAGAUGAUAAAAACGUACAGGUAGAAAAGGUCGAAUUUUUGGUUAAAGAAGAAGUAACUGUAAUUGAUUGA